UGCACGAGUGGUCUUCUUGCUGGAGCAACGAUCCCGCCUGCCGGGAAUCCAGCAGGAAAGACGCGCGUGUUUCAACACGUUACGCUCACACGCCGGUUCGCGCAGUUGUCUUCAUCUGACGCGCGUGUCGCCUUGCGGAGGAGAGGGAAGUGAGCGGCCGCCGCUCCGACGUGCGGCGCCAAUGAAUGGCGAGCUUCGUGGCUGUUCGCUCGAUUGGAGCUGCUGCCCGCACCGUGGAAGACCGCUUUGGAUGCUCGUCGCACGUGCAUCAGGGAUCUCAGGAAAUUCAAGGCGUACGUGUAGAUAUGGCCGUCUACAAGGAGGUUGUUGUUAUUGGCAAUGGGCCAUCGGGCAUCACCAUGUCAUACUUCCUGGCUGGUAAUUGGCCGUACUACGCACCUGGUGCCUGUCACCCAAACCCGUACCUACAUGCAAGACUUGAAGAUAAUCGAGAUCUUUCUCUAGUUGAACAGGACCUCUCGUCAUUGAGCUCUGGCCUCGAGGGACGCUCGUGCAACCCGGUGUCGUUGCUCUUAGACACCUUGUGCCAUCCCGAUGCUGAUCUUGGCUCUGACGAGCCUUCCACUCUGAGUUGGGUUCACGAUUCAUCCAAAGCACUGGACCACGUUGUCAUUGGCAGUGGUCCACCAGGAGGCAGUUGGCAGACCAGUUCCCAGCGCUUGGAGGAAAAGGUGAAGCUUUCCCUGGAACGGCACGGUGGCUCGGCGGAGGAGGCGACGCAUUGCCCAGAACUGCACGGUGCUGCCUUCUGCGUGGAAGAGACAUGCAGCACAGAGUCACAGAGUCAUAUAAAAAGUAUGAUUCUGGAGAAAACAUUGCAAAGGAAUAUACCAGCAGCUGGCCACUACGAUUCGCCAAGACGACUGAAUAUUCCAGGAGAAGACUUGCCUUUUGUGUCUCAUGAUUUGGGACGGCUGGAAGUUCUCUUGCGUGACACCAAGAGUUCCAUCAAGAAAUUAGCUGUUGUAGGGAGUGGGCUGUCAGCCGCAGAUGCUGUAAUUGCGGCACGUUUCCAUGGUGUUGAUGUUUGUCAUGUGUUUCGCAAAAAGGUGGAUGAUCCUGAUCUGGUAUUUAACCAGCUGCCACGGUCCAUGUAUCCAGAGUACCAUAAGGUACACCAGAUGAUGUCCUCAGCUGAGCAUUACCCGGGCUACAAAGCAUAUGCCCAUUGCCAAGUGUGCUGCAUCCACAGUGACGGCCGAAUAGAAUUAGAUUCGCACUCAGACAUUCGAGAUGUCUCCCACGUGCUGGUACUGAUUGGAUCCCACCCAAACCUUGACUUUCUGCCUUUGGCAGGCACACAGCUAGGCCUUGUAGCUGGGCUGCCUGUAGACUGCAGGGCUAACCCAAUUCAAAUUCAUCAAUACACUCACGAAACUGAGGCUCUCGAAGGAAUCUAUGCUCUUGGGCCUCUUGUUGGGGACAACUUCGUACGAUUCCUUCAGGGGGGUGCUCUAGCUGUGACGGCACAUAUUUGGAGGAGUGUGGGUGGCACCUAAGCCUCUCUGGUGUACAUGAGGUAUGGAAACAAGGCCGCAAAAGCUACGCGAAUCCUUGUGAGCUGAGCUGUAUAACAACGAUGGCUCUCAUGUUGCUACCUGCUGUUGUUUGUGACCUUAUGUUUAUGGGCCAAUUACCAUGGGGCAGCUCUGCCCUGACAAGCGUUGCAGCCCAGUCAUGGUACAAAGUGGUUUCUGACCAAUUUAGGAGCUAGUCUGUAAUUUUUAUCUAUAUAGUAUGUUUACUGCUGCUUGUCAGUUUUUGCUGUGCACGCCACAGGGGAAUUCAUUUUUUUAAACUGUUGCGGUUGCCAUUUUAGUUAAGUAGCACAUCGUGACUUUCGUUACUUUUUUAAUAUUAGAAACGUAUUUUAAAUACUAUAGUGUAGGUGCGUACCAUUUGUGAUCUUUGUAGUAAUGUUAUUUAAUUCAGGUUUACGCUGUCACUAUAGCACAGGUCUGAUAAAAUUUGGAUCACAAUGGUUUCGAGAUACUACAAAUGAUAUACAAGAUUACCCCGAUUCACUUGUUUGUUAUCAUUUCUACGUUUAUUUAUUUUUCAUGCAUAUCAAUUUCUACGCACAGAUAGAUGCUCCAAUUCACUAAACUCGAAAAGCAUCCUUUUCGCAAGGUGUUUACAUGUGUUAAUCCUUAUAUACAUCGCUGGUCUUGUAGUCCUGCAACAUAUAUAGCUGCACUGUGCAUAUUCAUUGUUCACUGAAAAAUCUUGUACAUUUGUCAUAGGUAAAGUUACAAGUUGUACUACACCUACAUUUAUAUAUAUAUUGCAUAAUUACGUACAAGAUGGAAUGUGAUAACAGUGUCACUUAUAAACCAGUGCUCAUUUUCUGUAGUAGUUUCAUAAAAAAUGCUUAAUGAGUAUAGGUAUACAUGUAUUACAUUGGUAUUAGAGUUGGUUAAGCCGCCCGUGGUAGCUGAAACAGUUUUUGUUUUUUUGUGUGUGUGCAUGGAUGCAUGGAUGUGCACAUGUAUCACGUGCAUGCAUACCUGCACAGUGGGUCAUGUUGAUAAUUAUAUAAAAUGUAUCAUUCUCUAUAUGGUGCUUCGCACUGUCACAGGAAUUUGGUUUUCUGAAGCAAAAAGUAUUGCAGAAUCUACACAUACUAACUUGACUGAGAAUUGUAAUUGCUCUGAAGCUUCUCGUAUAUAGUUUUCAUAUCACCUGCUCAAAAGGUAGGGUGUAUUUGCAUUACAUUGUGACAGUAGCAGAUCACUUGUACAUCACUGAAACACUUUCCUGGUCAAGUUGUUGUAUCUUUAAGCUGAUCAGCAGUGUUAAAGUACUACAUAACUUCAAGGAGAACUGUGAUACAGACUUAUAACAUCAUUUUUAUAGUGUUUGAGCCUGCCUGGAGCUGCGCACAGUCUAUAGUGCUACCAGCUGUGACAUUCAGCAGUGGGAGAAACAUGCUUACAGCCAGCACUAUGUACGGGAAGAAUUUUUUUUUGUGCUGAUUAUUAUGUCUGCAGCUGUGGCGUGAACAAUGUAGUUGUGAAUGUAGGUUCAUCUGGAGCACCUUUACAUCAUAAGCAAUUUUUGAAAUUUCUUUCUUAAAGUAAGGAGCUGCAUUUCUAGUAUUUGGAUAAAACUGCAGGUAUGAACUUUGUUUGAUAAUGGGCUAAAGUGAACAUGAUUGAGCCUACAUUUAACCUAGCUGUACAUACAGCUUAGAAUCUUGUGAAAUUGUGGACAUUGUUAAAUAAUGUUCCAAUGUUUUGUCUGUCCUGUAGUCCACCGUCAGAAUGAGGUAAUGUCAAUAUAAAGUCAUGAAACAGGUGACUGAACUUCAAACAUGACAGAAACGCUGUCAUUUUGUAUUGCUGCAAAUGCACCAGCUGCCUGAGCUACACAGUUUAUAUAACCAAAGCAACAUCACCAUUCUGUAAAUGUCUGGCCUUUGAUUUUGUGGUGCAACACACAGAGCACAUUUUCACAUCAAAACCUUUCAUACACAUCAGCAUGAUUCACUUUUUCUUUAGCUUAUGUAAUGCUACUGUUAUUAUGCUAAUCAUGAGUUGUAAGAAAAAGGUAUACCAACGGACAUAAUUGUUGUAUGUGUCACGUUAAAUUAUUUUCUGUCUAAAGAAAAUGUCACAACCAGUUAUCUUUUAUGCUACGUUGGAAAUUGUUCUUUCCAAAAAUACCACCUCCCCACUUUUUGCCUUUAUUUCAUUAAUUCUGGUUAUGUAGCACAACCUAGAACACCCAAGUUUGGUGGACUCAUGAACACAAUGCUUCAGCUGUAGUGGUUCCUAGUAAACCCACAGAUCUCACAAAGCAGUCGUUCUGCAUUUCUUUUUUUAUCUGUUUUUCUUUUAGCAUGGAGAAAAUAAAAUUUGACUGCUCUUGCCAUUGCAUG